AUGGAAACUGUAGAAAUGAAUAGUGUAUCCUUGAAACGUCCUCACUCUGAGGAUGAUGUGGCUAAUGCAGACGAAAUCAAAAGACAGAAGAUCUCAGAGAAGUCUAAGACAGGGAACGACUCUGGGCAGAGCGUUGAGACUGUAACAGAACAACCUGACAAAUCUCUGCUUGAGGACACGAAAAAUGAAAUAAUCCCCAAUGAGGAAAGUGAGGAGCAGGAAGAUGAGGAGCUAGAGGACAGUGAUGAAGAUGGAGAUCCAGAGAGCUUUGCAGACAUGAUGAAGCAUGGACUGACAGAAAGUGAUGUUGGCAUAACUAAAUUUGUUAGCUCUCAUAAAGGGUUUUCUGGAAUCUUAAAAGAGAGGUACUCAGACUUUGUUGUCCAUGAAAUAGGCAAAGAUGGACGUGUGAGCCAUUUAGAUGACUUCUCUGUUCCAGUGGAUGAUGAGGACCCAUCAGAAGAAACAUUUACAGUUUUGUCAGACGAAGACAAGCAGCGUUUAGAGGAGCUCCAGCUUCUUAAGAAUAAGGAAACUAGUGUUGCCAUAGAGGUAAUUGAAGACACCAAAGAAAAAAGAACAGUUAUCCAUCAGGCUGUGAAGUCCUUGUUUCCUGGACUGGAGACUAAAACAGAAGAUCGAGAUGGAAAAAAAUACAUUAUUGCUUAUCAUGCUGCUGGGAAAAAAGCACUGGCAAAUCCAAGAAAACACUCUUGGCCAAAAUCUAGGGGAAGCUACUGCCACUUCGUACUGUACAAGGAGAACAAGGAUACUAUGGAUGCCAUUAAUGUCCUAUCCAAAUUUUUAAGAGUGAAGCCAAACAUAUUUUCCUACAUGGGAACUAAAGAUAAAAGGGCUAUAACCGUUCAAGAGAUUGCUGUUCUUAGAAUCACUGCGCAAAGACUUGCGCAUUUGAAUAAAUGUUUGAUGAACUUCAAAUUGGGAAAUUUCAGUUACAAGAACCAUCCACUGAAAUUAGGAGAACUGCAAGGGAACCAUUUCACUGUUGUUCUCAGAAACAUAACAGGAACUGAUGACCAGAUAGAGCAAGCAAUGCACUCUCUCAGGGAAAUUGGAUUCAUUAAUUACUAUGGAAUGCAAAGAUUCGGAACCACAGCUGUUCCUACAUAUCAAAUUGGCAGAGCUAUUCUACAGAACAAUUGGAAUGAAGUAAUGGAUUUGAUAUUAAAACCACGACCAGGAGCUGAAAAGGGAUACUUAGUAAAAUGCAGAGAAGAAUGGGCAAAGACUAAAGAUCCAGCAGCAGCCCUCAAGAAACUACCUGUAAAAAGGUGCGUGGAAGGACAGCUUCUACGCGGACUCUUAAAGUAUGGAAUGAAGAACAUAAUCUCUGCAUUUGGCAUAAUACCAAGAAAUAAUCGUUUAAUGUAUAUUCAUAGCUACCAGAGUUAUGUGUGGAAUAAUAUGGUGAGCAAGAGAAUAGAAGAGUAUGGACUUAGAGCUGUACCGGGAGAUCUCACACUUAAAGGAGCCACAGCUGUUCAUAUCGAAGAAGGAGAUGUUGAUAACUACACUAUCCAUGAUGUAGUGAUGCCAUUGCCUGGAUUUGAUGUUAUUUAUCCAAAGCAUAAAAUUGGUGAGGCCUACAAGGAAAUGCUAGUAGCUGACAAUCUUGAUAUCAACAACAUGAGGCAUAAGAUCAGAGAUUAUUCACUUUCUGGAGCAUACAGAAAGAUUAUCAUUCGACCUCAGAAUGUCAGUUGGUAA